AUGGCGCAUCCCUGCCGCCUUCGGCGCGGACCCCGGGAUCAGCGGGGCCGCGGGCUCGGACGCCCGGGUCGCGGCGCGCAGGGGAGGCCGCAGCCGCCGCUCGCUGGCUCGCGGGCUCUCGGGCUCCGGCGCGCCGGGCUGCAGCCCGGGCUCCGGCCGCGGGGGCGGGGCGGGGGCGGGGCGGCCGAAAGCGCCCUCCCUCCCGCUCCCGCUGGCUCCUCCCCACUCCGUUCCCGGGGACGCCGGCCGGGCUGCCCCGAGCAGCGGGACCCAACGCUGGGACAGGGCCGAGGAGAGCAGCUCUCGCGGCGGCCGCUGUCCUGCACCCGGGGGCCGGGAACGCCCAGCGGGCAGAGCCGGCCGCCCGCGCCCCCCACAGCCCCAGGCCGAGCGGCAGCCGGCGAAGCUCGGGGAACCCGGUUGGAAACGAAGCGGAGACAGGGCCGCCCUCCGGCUUCGUCCCCACCUGGCAGGGGGCGCAACCCUUCCCCGAAGAAGGGCAGCGCAGGCGGCCGGGCUCCCGCUGCCGGGAUUCGGAACUGCCCAGCGGGGCACCCGAAGGCGAGGGCGCCGGGGUGGCAACGGCGACCGGGAGCCCAGGCGAGAGCGACAGGGAGGUUCCCCGUGGGGAGACAGAAACCGGGAAGGACGAGGUCGAACCGGCGAGCCCAGGCAGCCGUUCUUCAAGAAGCCGGCCUAGGGGGCUUCAGGCGAGGCUGCCAGGCCUGGCCCCGGGGGGAGCUGAGCCUGUGCAUCACCACGGCCUCUCCAGCUGCCUGGGCCCCCGGGCCCUGA